CAAAACUCCGCUGGGCUACGGCACAACACAACGGAGAAGAUGUCGCGUGUCGUUAAAAAGAGAAAACUGGAUGAAAUCCGACAGGAUAGGCUUUAUUUUGACAGCUAUUCCGAUGUGACUAUCCACGAGGAAAUGAUAGCGGACCACGUACGAACCAACACGUACCGGAUGGCGAUACUGAGGAACAGUGAGUCAAUUCGUGGGCAAGUUGUUCUGGACGUCGGGGCAGGAACCGGCGUUUUGAGCAUCUUCUGCGCUCAGGCUGGAGCUAAAAAGGUUUACGCCGUGGAAGCCUGUUCAAUAGCUGAGCAAGCUAUGAAGAUAGUUAAACACAACAACAUGGAGGACAGAAUUGAAGUAAUUCGAGGAACAGUGGAGACCGUGGACCUGCCGGAGACGGUGGAUGUGAUAGUGAGCGAGUGGAUGGGCUAUGCCCUCCUGCACGAGUCCAUGCUCAACUCGGUCCUCUAUGCGCGCGACAAGUGGCUGAAGCCGGGCGGCGUCAUUCUGCCGAGCAAAGCCGAACUCUACAUCACACCUAUGAUUGACCCGGUGGUGGAGGACCGCUUGCACUUCUGGUACACAGUUAAAGACCAGUACGGAGUGGACAUGUCCUGCAUGUGCGACUUCGCCCGGAAAUGUGUCAUGAACUCGGACAUCACUGUGAACUCGGUGACCUGCGAGGAUGUUCUCUCUCACCCGGCCCGCUUCGCCGAGCUCGACCUGUACUCGGUGACGCCGGAGGAGCUCCGGUCCGUGAAGGGCCAGUUCAGGUGCGAGUCAUUCGGCUCCUCGGCAGUGAACGCAUUCUGCGUUUACUUCACGGUGACUUUCCCUUGCCCGGAUAACACACCGCCGUCGCUCGUUCUUUCCACGUCUCCGUGCAAACCGGAGACGCACUGGAAGCAAGCGGUGCUGUACCUCGACGCUCCGGUGGAAGUGGUGCAGGACACACUGAUUACCGGAGAAGUUAGAAUGUACCCCUCCGAGGAAAACGCCAGGCAUAUAUGUAUCCAUGUGGACUACUCCAUAGGAGAGCAGAAACAGCAGUCCAAGACUUUUUCCAUCCCUGAUUGGAGCUCUGAGGCACAGUCAUAGCGUGCCAUCAACACCAAGAUACAGUUCAUUCACCAUAUAUCACGCUGAAAUAAUAUCACAGUAGGCCCUACCAGCAAAUGAAUGGACAGCCGCAGAUUAAGACACAAAGUAUUUAAACAUUUUGUCCGUGUCUUUUAGAGACAGUGUCCAAAAACGUGUUCUUUAUUUAGUGUUUGUUUUUAACUGCUUAGUUGUUUACCCUCAGUUCAUUGUUUACUCAUCCAUUAAAGAACCCCUAAAGUAGAAAA